AUGAGACUGAGAAAAAGGCAUCGCCUUUCGCACCAUAAUCUCACCGCUCUUAACGGGAAAGGUUUAGCAACUGGAGGGAAAAUCGGAAAUUGGGGGUUAGGGUUUAGUUAAACGACAGCGUUUUGUGUUUUUUGGUUGUAUAUACAUCAUAUUUAUAUUUCUAACCACCUUAAAGCUUUUUUUCCCUGUUAAGUUUUAUUUCAUACAAAACACAACACACAUAAUUUUUGCCGUUUAAAGAGAAGCCACAAGAUUAAAAUAUACGUAAUCAGUAUCCAAAUUAUUGAACAUCCUAUCCUUUCUAAAAAAAAUUCAAAGGUGUUGUUGAUAUCUUUUCUCUACAUUGUUUUUUUUUUUUUUGGUAAAAAUUUUCUCUACAUUAUUGAUGAUAUUUUUUGGUCAGACUGUUGAUAAUUACGAUGUAAUAAUUCGAUAAAUUUCUUUGUAUAAAAUGAUUUCAUUAACUUUUUUUUGGGCUCUAUUGAGAUUUGAGAAUGAUAUGGCACGGCAAGUGGAUGGUGAAGUUGACUAUCUCUGCCAAACAUAUUAAUUUUCACCAAAGUAGGGACUAAUGAGCAUAAAUCUAUCAGAUUAAUUUUAAUUGUUUUGUCGAUUUCUUUUUUUUCCCAAAGGCCCAAACUAAGAUCUUGGAUCAACCACGUUGCUUUGAUAUCCAUCCACCAUAAAUUCUAUAACACGUCAAAUAAUAAGGUAGUUCCCUUUGUAUAUCUCGAUUACAUGAUCUAAAAUUCUGAUACAGAUCCUUCAAGUAUAACUCUCUCUUUUAAGACAGAAGAUCGA